CGGAGCGUGCGCGGCGCGCGCGGCCCGCGGUGAACGGUGCUGUCCGGCCGCGCGAUGCAUUGUGGGCGCGGCUGAGGAAGUAAAAUGGCGGACCUGGCGAACGAAGAAAAACCUGCCAUUGCUCCACCCGUCUUUGUAUUUCAGAAGGAUAAAGCACAGAAGUCCCCUGCAGAGCAAAAAGCUUUGUCGGAUUCAGGCGAGGACCCCCAGGGAGAGGUUGAGCCCCCCUACCAUGGUCUGGGUCACACAGAACCAGCUGGUGAGUGCGACUCUGAGCACCCUGUUCCUGCUGUGGCCUCAGUCAGUGCUACCCUGAGUCCUGCUUCUGAAACCCAGCUUGCUCCUAUUCAACAAGAACUGGCAGGGAGAUCUGCAGAUGGAACAAGUCCAGAAGAUGGAGAUGAAUCUGAUCGGGAGGAUGGAAGCUACUGUCCACCUGUAAAACGUGAGAGAACUUCAUCUUUGACUCAGUUCCCUCCCUCUCAGUCAGUAACAAAGAACAAUGUUUUUAUGCCAUCAAGCUUCUGUGAACCCUCUACGGGCAAUUCUGAUUCAGAACCAGAGGAAAAGAGCAGUGGAUUCCGGCUGAAGCCACCAAUACUUAUCCAUGGUCAGGCACCUAGUGCAGGUCUCCCUAGCCAGAAACCGAAGGAACAGCAGCGAAGUGUGCUCCGUCCAGCAGUGUUACAGGCACCACAGCCAAAAGCUUUCUCACAGAUGGUUCUCAGCAGUGGUACCAAUGGUGUAAAUAUCCCUCCAGAUUCUGUAGUCACAUCAGAAUCACCAAGUGAUGCAACACUGAAAAGCUCAGACUCUGAAGACAAGGCAGCAGAAUGUCAGAAAAAGGAGUCCAACAAUACUUCAGAUGAUGACAGCUGUGAGAAGGCUGAACUAAAUGCACAGCAAGCAUUUGUUUUUGGGCAAAAUUUAAGAGAUAGAGUUAAGCUAGGAGAUGAAAGCGAUGAAACUGCUGAUGUACAAAAUGCUGGCCUUCUGACAGCAGAUAUACCUUCUGCAACAAACUAUUUUCUACAGUACAUCAGUUCCAGUGUAGAGAACUCUACGAACAGUGCAGAUGCGUCUAGCAACAAGUUUGUUUUUGGACAGAACAUGAGUGAGCGAGUCCUAAGUCCACCAAAAUCAAAUGAAGGUAGUACAGAGAGUAAUAAGGAGAAUGCUGCUACAGAGUCUGGGUCUGAAUCAUCUUCUCAGGAGACCACACCAGAAAAAGCUAAUAAUAUUUCAGAAUCACUGGCAGAGUCUGCAGCAGCCUAUACUAAAGCAACAGCAAGGAAGUGUUUAUUAGCGAAGGUAGAAGUGAUUACUGGGGAAGAAGCUGAAAGUAACGUGUUACAGAUUCAGUGCAAGCUGUUUGUAUUUGAUAAAAGCUCUCAGUCUUGGGUGGAAAGAGGUCGAGGGCUCCUGAGACUCAAUGAUAUGGCCUCAACAGAUGAUGGAACAUUACAGUCUCGACUGGUGAUGAGGACUCAGGGGAGUCUCAGGUUAAUCUUAAAUACGAAGCUCUGGGCUCAGAUGCAGAUCGAUAAAGCCAGUGAGAAGAGUAUCCGGAUCACUGCCAUGGAUACAGAGGACCAAGGAGUUAAAGUUUUUCUUAUAUCAGCAAGCUCUAAAGAUACAGGGCAGUUGUAUGCUGCAUUGCACCAUCGGAUCUUGGCCUUGCGCAGUAGAGUGGAACAAGAGCAAGAAGUCAAGAAUGUAGCACCUGAGCCAGAGGUAACGCAGUCAAAUGAGGAAGACAGUGAUGACGAUGUCAUUGCACCUUCAGGAUCAGUUGGAAGUGGUCCUAAUGAUGAAGGUGAUGGGCAGAACAUUGGUAGCACAUAGCAGAUGUUAGCCGAUCUGCUUGCAAGGCUGCUAUGAACACCAUCUUGCAGGCAUCUCCGGAUACCCCAGGCCAGCGAUUAUUUCAGGCAGUGUUGAAAGCUCCAGGACUUAAGACUGUGCAUCUCUGUUCUGUUUGUUUGGGUUUUUGGUCUGGAUCAGUAGAUUCCACACAAAAAAAAGCAGACUUGGAAACUACCUGAAUGUGGUUUGGGACGUUAAAAGCUCAUCAUAUUGAUGAGCAAAAAAAAUAAAAAUCCAACCCCAAAACGACAAAAACACAAAAUGCAACCACCCCCAACCAUUUCUCUUCUUCCUUGUAAUUAAAAUGGCACAUUACAGCUUGUCACAGCUUUUCAAUGGGGCCUUUUGGCUGUUUCUUCAGUAGUUUGUGUCUUUGCAGGUCUCCAAGAUAGAACUUUUCGACACAACUCAAAUUCUGCUUUUAGAACCCCUACUCCCCUUUACGCAGGAAAACCCGGUCCUCACCAGCUCCUAUGCUCACUGGCUGCCCUUUUGGGUUCCUUUUUUUUUGGACUGCAGAUGGGGCAGGAUAUGUUUUUACCUUUUAGUCCCUUCAUAGAUUAUGGAUGUGGAUGCCAUUGUUUGCUGUCUAGUGGUUUGUAAACAGAAAGAAACAAAACAUUGUGGUUCACCAGAAAAGCUUUUUUUAACUCAAUAAUAAGAGACUUUAAAGUCUGCAGGAUGUUUUGCUAACUCCUUUUUUCUUCCCAUUUCAUUAUUAUUUUUGGGGGAAUUAUAUUGUGGUGAAACUUUUUUAUUUUAGUUUUUCAAUAAGAUACUCUUGUGUGUUGAAAAAGUGAAGCUAUUGUUUUGUACUGUUCUUUUCUGUUACUAUUUAAGGGAGAGCUAAGCCACUAGAUGUUGCAUACAGUUUUUCUUAGAAAACCUUGUUUCUGUGGCUACAGUAAAUUGCAGGAGGCAUAUAGGUUACACCUUCAGAAAAGUUAAUGACAAAACAGCUGUUACCCCUUGGAAGAAUAAAAUAGGCUCAUGCAAUGAGCUCUGCCAGACAUUAAAAUAAAUUUGUUUAAUAAAGUAGCUCUCAUUUAAUGGCUUGAUUCAACAAGCCAUUUAACUACCUGCCUGACUUAACUGUAUGUGAAUAAUCUUACUGAAGUCAGUGCAACUCUUCAUGCUUAAAGUUUUUUUUUUUUUUAAAUCUCUUGUUGAAUUAAUGACCUUAAAUAGAAAAUUUAGCUUCUAACCCUUCCUUGUCCCUGUUUUGUUUCCUAAAGUCUUGCAGCAUGAAGAAGGUAAUACUGCCAGCCUUGAGUAGUUUGGGCUGAAGGUUAUUGUAUUCUGUUCCACCACAAAUAAAAGCAAGAAUGUGUUUUUCUGUGUGUAAUUGAAGUACUCCUACUAUAACGAUAACUCACUUUUGGGUUUUUUUUUUUCUUUGGAUGUUUUUUAAUCAUUUGAGCCUUUUGUAUGAAAAUUGAGUUUUAUUUUCUUAUUGGAAUAUAUGGUAUGUUCUUUUCCAGCAAGUUUGGAAUUCAGUAGUCACCAGGUCACUUUCACUAUAAAUUCCCCAAUUUUUUCUGUUUCCUUUAUAAAUAGUUUGCCAAUAGGUAAUUUCUGACUUGCAUGCUUGCUCCUUUGUAGGUUGAGGACCUAAAAUGCAUCACCUAAAAGAAAAUGAAAGGGGAAGAAGCAUUUGAUGUAGUAUUAAUUGAAAACAGAAACCCAGGUUAUAGCACAAAAUCAGCUUUGAAAUUGAGUAUUCAAAUAGCAAAACAGUCCUUAUUGCCUCUAUUUUAAUGAAACACACUUUUCACUGACAGUCAAGAACAGGUCUAACACUUUUUUCUGUUGCUAACCAUCACUGAAGACUUCACUGAAGACUGAUGCUGUUGGGGCAAAGGGUGUUUUUACUUUUCCUGAUAGCCAGUUGAAGGAACAUCUGUGAUUACUUUUCUGGCAAUUGAAAAAGGCUAAUGAUAAGCUGUGCCACUGCGUCUUGGUUCUCUGGAUUGUCUGCUCAUGCCUUCUUGCAUUUUGGUUUUCUUUUUCCCCCCUUAGAGUUAUGGGGGUUUUUACCAAUGAACAGACCUGUUCCUGCACCCCCUAGUCUUGCCAUGCUUCAACAGGAACAUGGCAGGAUCCUUAGUACCCACCACACAAUUGUUUCUGCAUCACAAGGUCUGGGGACUUUCAAGUAAGUGGCCUGCAUUUUUGGAUCUGGGAUCUUUUUACAUUGUUGAGAUACUUAGAUUUAAACUACUCUUUUCAAAUACCCUUGCACUGUAAAUUUGUUUAUUGUCAGCAGUUUGUUCACAAGGAAAAUUAAUAAGGUGUCUUGGCCAGCGUGGCCCACUUCUGAGAAAAUAGGCAUUAUUUCCUGGUCCCAGGCUCCAUGCUGAGACUCACUUUGAAGUGUUUUACCUAAAAUGCAUUGAUGGUGCAUGAGGAUUCAGAAGAAUGGAAUAAGCAUGCCUGCUUUGGGGUUUGGUAGACACAAUCACCUACAACUUUUUUUAAAAAUUGGCAACUAUUUACUGAUACAGAUUUUAUUUUUAGCCAGAAGCUUUGCAUAAAUGUUUAUAGUGAAGGCAGAAUUGUGUUGCUGUGCAUCCCAACAUAAUUGGCCAUGGGUUAAGUUCAGGCCCUGCCCAGCAAGAUACAGUUAGGCCAAAGCAAAACCCUAACUUAGCUUUCUGCUUUAAGCCUUAGUAAGCCAGUAACAGGCAAAACUAGAUGAUGCCCAUCUGUCUCAAAAGAUCUAUGUAAGACAGUCAUAUCAAAAUGUACAUGGUAAUUACAUUAAAACCUGUCUUAGCAAGCAAGUAAACAAAACACCCUGAGCCCUGCGUUGUGUUUCCUGUACUGAGCAGCGGCUGUUCAAGAGGAGGGUAAUGGUGACCAGCUCUGCUGCCUUCCAGCAAUCUUCCCCUUGAUCUCACGCCUACUCCAUCUUUUCCCUUAGGCCUCCUGUUAACUUUUGUGUGGUGUUGACAAUUCCUGUAUAGCCUGUGUGGCUGCACACCCACACGGGCACAGCCUUUCAUAUUUCCAAGUGGAAAAGAAAUACUGUAGAGUGUAGAAAAGUUGGGAAUGCUUGCUGAUGACUUAGCAGUGUACUGUGGCAACCAGGAGGGCCGUAUAUGUCCUGAGGGAAUAUCAGGUACAGCCAGGCAAGGGGGAGGAUUGUCUCUGCUCUGCACUGCAGCAGCCUCACGUGGGACAGUAUUGGGCACCACAGUAUAAAGACAUUAAGCUAAUAGAGAGUGUCCUAAGAAGGGCCCCAAGGAUGGGGAACGUUCUAGAGGGGAAGCUGUAUGAGGAGCUGCUGAGGGCUUGUUUUGUUCAGCCUGGAGGAGGGGAGACUGAGGGAGACCUCAAUGCAGUUUUCAGCCCCCUCGUGAGGGGCAAGCACCAGUCUCUACACUCGUGUGACCAAUGACAGAGCUUGAGGAAACAGCAUGAAGCUGAGUCAGGGGAGGUUUAGCUUGGAUAUCAGGAAGUUUUUCAUUCAGAAGGGUGACUUUAGAACUGGAGCAGACUCCUCAGGGCAGUGGUCACAGCACCAAGCCUGAGUUUCAAGAAGCAUUUGGACAAUGCUCUCAUAAUAGGGUGGGAUUGUUGGGCUGCCCUGUGCAGGGCCAGGAGCUGGACUUAAUGAUCCUGGUCAGUCCCUGAAAAUGUUGCUAGAAUGGUGAGGUCACUGAAACCAGAAGUAAGCCUCUUAUCCGUCAAAUGAAAAGACACCCACAAGAAAUACAAACAUUAAGGUAAGAGAAUGUUGUAAUCCAACAUCUUUCUGUAGUCCAGUUCCCAGUGCAUGAUACAUUGCUUUAGAGAAGACAGGGCAGGAAAUUACCUAAAUAAAUGAGUCUUCAGCCAUCCUGCCCUAGUACUAGGGUGGGAGGUGACCAGAUUGUUAGAAGUCUGCAGGAGUAAAAACCCUCCAAUUUUGUAAUGGCCCCUCUCUGUUCCCUGAAGUAUCAAUUGAUUCCAUUGCUUGGGUAUUACUGUCAUUAAAUGACUGUUCCUAAUGUGUCCCAUUCUGCCGUACAACUGGUCUUUUGCUCUCCCAAUGAGUGUAGAAAAUGGUUUAUUUGCUUUCUAGAAACGUAACAUAUUUCAGAAUUUACCAUGUUUCCCAUAAUCUUAUCUAAUUUUAGGAAUUCCGGUUAUGAUAAUUGCCAUAAUUUGUCAUACAAGAUUUCAUUAAACUGACUUUUCACUGUG